CUUCACCUCUACGCCUUCACUUCGCUUUUUGCAUAAUUUUGGCAUCUCGUACAUACCCAUGAUCCAUUCAACAUUUCUACAAUAACUUUGAUCCCAUUUUCCUUCUUCUUUCCCUAUCCCGGUCGCUCUUUAUCCCGCCUGCCCUGAGCGAUUGAAACAUGUCCGACGACGACGACUACUACGAAUGGGAGGAGGAGUACCUCUUCGAGGACCUCGUGCCAGACCUGGUGGACGAACUCGCCGCAUCCUCAAACUACGAAGCGCCUCUUUACGAGGACCCGAAGAUGGACGUGAACGACUAUCUCAGUGACUGGGAAUACUAUUCAGAUGAUUAUCACGAUGAUGACCCCACCGUGAAGCAAAAUCCAAUCGCCGCAGGACGGGACGCCGCUGCCCCGAAGACACGCCGAACACAACCUAACACGCAAACGAACCGAGUCUCCCGCCCGCGAUCUUGCCUCAAGCCAGAUAUCACUUCAUUCCAAGGAGUCAUUUGGCGCACACCAAGUAUGGGGGAUGGCCUAGACCUUGGAGUGCAAAUCUACGAACCUGGAAAUGGGGCGAAGGUUGCGUUUUUGGAGAACUGGCGUGAGAUCUUCAAGUCGGCUCAGCCUGCGCUGGAUAAGUCGCGCCUACGCAAGAGACCGGCAACCCAUACGCCGCCGGAGGAGGAACCAGAAUUUGCGGACGAUGAAUUCCCCUGCGACGACGACUACGACGAUGAUGAGGACAGCUCCGACGAAAUGUCCGAUAUCCUCUCGACCGACAACAUGGCGGAGAAGGACGAUGCUGGAGAUGCCUCGAAUACUACGCCGGAGCUGGGUCAGUCUCCUCAGGAGGUGCCGGUGCCGGUGGAUUCGGCGCCCGCGAAAAGAGGCCGCAAGCGAAAGGCCGAGGUUCCCCCCGAAGAGCCAAAUAAGGACAAUCCUGGCGGUGAGGAAACACGGGCUCGGACGAAACGCGUGGCUUCGGCAAGAUCGGAUGCCUCGUCUGGCCCAGUACGGCGAUCUGCGAGGCAGUUGAAGUGAGUUUGAUGGACAUUUGGACAUGACUUUGCGGUCUUUGAAGGAAACCGUAAUCGCUUUCGUCAUGACAUUUAACGAAUCAAAUUAAUGAAUACACCCACUCUCUGGCACACUGUUGUUAUAUUUCCGCUCGAGUCAGGUAGAUACGAGUGCCCGUUGGUGAAAUACAUGGACAUGUAUCUACGGUUAAAGACGGUAACCUACUUGGUGAAAGGGCAAGUUGAUUGUGACAACCUUGAUUUAUAAGACACAAUCAUGUUCAAACGUGAUACUAUUGAGACUUUCAUCAUUCGUUUAUGUACCAAUAUUUCCCUAUUUCAUCGGGCUCCUUCACAUUAGCGAUGAAAUUCCAGUCGAGUUGAGAUCAAUUUCAAA